UACACAACCCGUCUUUAUCCACCGGCAUGUAAACAUGGCUCUAAGAGCACAGACUCAUUUAUUCCGAUAUUUAAAGCAAAAUUUAAGCAGACAGCGAUGCUGCAAUUACCUCUCAGCUGCCUACCGCUGUGAUGAAUCGUGGAACAAGCGACUGGAGAACCCUCUUAUUAAAAGCAUUAGCCCAAAUGACUAUUUCUAUGAACUCGACAGAAAAUACAAACGGGAAGGAAAAGUCAGUGCCAUUGAUGUGGAUUUGUUUGUAAACAGCCUCAGCCACAAGAACGGCGAGGCACUGGUGGAUGAAGUUGUCGACAUUAUCCAUCGCCUGCGUCGCUCUCCGGAAACAGUGCGCACGCUCCCCUCAACAAACCAUGCUGUCCUGCGCUUGCUCUUAGACACUGACAGCACCCAUGUCCUCCUGAAACUGCUCUCAGACCCUCUCAGUUAUGGGGUGUUUCCCGACCAUUAUGUGGCUAAUAUGCUCAUGGAUUCUUACAUUAAAAAGGAGGACUUCACAGCUGCUGCUCGCAUUUCUUCAGUGAAGAUGCUCCAAGAGGACUUUGGGCCCAAGGUAACCCAGGUCCUGACACUGGGCUCAUGCUAUUUCUAUGCAACAUCGGACAACAAUCAGCCUUGGGAAGACUACACUCCAAAGGUGGAAGAGCCUAAAGAAGAGGUGAAAAUCAGGAUAAGAUACUUGCGAAACCCAUACUUCGAUGACCAUUUUGACCUGAAGGAACCCAAUCACAUCGUUGGAAAGACACUAGCUUGGGUGUCCCCACUCAUUGGGGGCACUGUAGGGUCAAGCUGUGAGCUCCUGGGUUGGGCACUAUAUAACAAGUGGGAUGAGCUUGAAGCAGCACUAAGCCGUCUGAGUGAUGGAAAGGAUCCUGUUGCUGCCUCUGUUCUCAACACUGUUAAAGAAAUAAUGGAGAGCUGUGAAGACCAAGACAGCCGUGAGAAAGUCAUGUCAGCAAUAACAAGAAUAGAAGGGACAGAAGGCAGAGUUGCAGAAGUGGACAUCAAAGACCUGGUUGAAAAGAUGAUACAGGAGGAGGUGGCUGCUGCAGAAGCCACUUUCAUUAAGGAGCAGGAGGUAGCUUACAAGUCUUGGGAAAAACUGAGGGAAGAUGAAGUACAGUUGCAGAUAGAAGAGUACAAGAAGAAACAACUUUUGGCCGAGAUUGAACAGAAGAAGAAGUCUUUAGAAGAGAGAGAGGAAGUUAUAUAUUUCUUUGACAACAAAGAGAAGCUUGAGAUGCUGCUUCCUGAUAGAAAGAAAAGAUAUUAUCCCAAGAAGAAGUCACUAAUCUUCGGCAAAAAGCAGCCGAGGAAGGUUGACGAAGGUUACAUUCCCCCAGAGGUUAUUCGCCGCUAAUUUGCAUAACAUCAUCCUGUAGAAUCUGGAGCAUCUAUUAGCAUUUCAUUUUAUAUUUAUAUGUGUUUUCUUUGUUGACUUAGAGAAUGUCAUUUUGUAAAACAGUGGUUUGUAUGUAAUGUAAAUAUGAGAAUAAAUGUGAAAAUCAU